ACGAAGGAUCUCAGGCUGACCGGACUUCCCCCGGGUCUGUCAUCUUCCAACCUCAUUCCACAACCUUAAUUCUCGCAUCUCCAAGUAAGCCGCAAUGUGGCCUUUCACCUCAGCGUACCCGGAGCGCCGGGCAGAAGAGGUUGAUGGCAAGACCUUUGACUACAUCGUCGUGGGAGGCGGCUGCGCGGGAUGCGUGGUGGCGUCGCGCCUGAGCGAGGACCCGGACAUGUCAGUCCUGGUGCUGGAGAAGGGUCGCGUCAACGACAACUUCCUCAGCCGGAUCCCACUGCUGUCUCAGAACUACCGAUUCCCCAAUCUGGGGGCUGUGGCCCGUGUGACGGAGCCGAUCCGCGAGGUCGGCGGCCGCAGGGCCCGCAUUUGGACGGCCGAGGCCGUCGGGGGUGCCACGCGGGUCAACGCCAUGCUGCUCACCCGCGGCGUGCCGGCCGGCUUCAACGAGUGGGCCGAGCGCUUCGGGCUGGCCGACUGGAGCUGGGAGAAGGUCGAGCCGUUCUUCCGGAAGAGCGAGAACGCGGUCGGUCACCCGGAUGCCGAGCAUCGCGGGCACGGCGGGCCGGUCGAAAACUGCCAGCCGCCGCCCGAGUUGGCCGUCUAUCCGUACUACGAGAAGAUGGCCGAGGCGGUCGGGCUGCCCGUCCACAGGGACUUGAACGACCCGGCUGCUCCGGCCCAAGGCUAUUUCUACCUCGACAUGGCCAUUGACGGGCGGGGGAACAGGGUGUCCGCAUACCGCGCGUGGCUCAACCGCAGGAUCGCCAACGAGCGGCGGGAGCACCUCACCGUUUGCACGGGCGUCGUGGCGUCCAAGCUCGAGGUGGACGAGAAGGGGAAACAGGUCACCGGGGUCUACAUCCGGCAUGCCGGGCCGGGCCGCGACAAGAAGGACUUCUUUGUCAAGGCACGGAGGGAGGUGAUCAUCUGCAGCGGGAGUCUCUGCAGCCCGCAACUCUUAAUGCUCAGUGGCAUCGGCCCAAGGGACCAAAUAGAAGGCAACGGAAUACCGCUGGUCCACGAGUUGCCCGCGGUAGGGAGGAACCUGGCCGACCAUUGCUCGGUUCCCGUCAUGAUGGAGGUUCCCGUCAAGGACACCCUUCAUCAAAUCGAGUCUCUCCUGGGGAUCCUGUGGCAGAUGCUUCUGUACCUCCUGUUCGGCACCGGCCUCCUCGCCACGUCAUCAACCACGACGACGGCCUUCAUCCGGACCACAGCGCUCGACGACGAGACCAUGACAGUGCGCGCAGCUGACAGCUCAGGCGCCAGCACCAUGGACGCCCGAGACCCGCGCAACAUCCCCGACGCCGAGAUCAUGGUGAUGCCCAUCAACUGCCUCGGCGUGGUGGUGCCGGGCAUCUCACUCAGCACGCUGUACGCCACGCUGACGCAGCCCUUCUCCCGCGGCCGCGUCGAGCUGGCGUCCACCGACGCCGAGUCCCACCCGCGCAUUGUCUACCCGAUGCUCGCCGACGAGCGCGACGCCGUGGCCCUGCGCCGCGCCACCCGCUUCGCCAUGCACCUCGCCGAGCGGUUCGCCGCCUCGGGAUACCCGCACCGCGCGCCGCUGACGUUCGGGCCCGGCAUGGACCUGGCCUACCUGGAGGCGCUGUACGAGAACGACACCCGAGAUGCGGGCGACAGGGACGGUGUGCCCGGGCUGGGCGGCGCGCCCGGGCCGAAGGGCGUUGGGGACCAGGUGCGCAAGCGGCAGGGCGAGCUGCCAGAGCUGAACUGGCGGGCGGCGACGGACGGCGACAUCGACGCGUACGCGCGGCGCGUGUGCGUGACGAGCCUGCACCCCAGCGGCACGUGCGGCAUGUCGCUGGGCCCGCGGGACGGCGUCGUCGACCAGCGGCUGAGGGUCCACGGGUUGCGGGGCCUGCGCAUCGCCGACGCGAGCGUCUUCCCCAAGAUCCCCAGCGCGCACACCAUGGCGCCGACCAUGAUGGUCGCGGAGCGGUGCGCCGAGUUCCUUAGGUCGGAGUGGGCGGAGCGGAAGGGGAAGUGAGGUGUGUGUGCUA